GACCUCCUCCUAUAUCAAGCAAACCCAUCGACACAUCAAUCAGAGCUCAUCAAACACAACGUCAACAUGUCUGCCGCCCUAGGACUCCGUCAGCCUCUCCUCCGCCCAGUCAUCGCGCUGGCUGGAUGGACAUUUAUCAUGCAAGGAUGGAUGUAUGCAAAGCGUCUCCCGGCGCUGUCCAACCCCGACUAUGGCUGCUCCAUGGAAGCUGGCGAGAUCGCCCACGACAUGAACACCAAGCUGCCCAUUGAGGUCCGCCAGGUCGCCGACAACUACAAUCAUCUCCACGAGCAGCCAACCGUGUUCUACGCCGUUGCUCUGGCGCUGUCCGCCAUUGGCGACACCCACGACUACACCAUCUACGGAGCCUGGGGUUACGUUGGUUUGAGGGUCGUUCACUCCUUGUUCCAGUCGCUGGUCAACAAGGUCAUGACCCGCUUCCAGAUCUUCAGCUUGAGCUCUGUUGUCCUGGCAUCGCUCACUGCCCGCGCUGCUCGCCUGCUCUUCUAGACUAUUCACAUAAUCGAGUCGUGCUUUGACGAAAUGCGGCAAGGUCUGUGUCGUGUUGCACAAAUGCGCCAGAGCAACACUCAAAAUCGCGGGCGAAAUGAUAUACCACAGAAUGUAUUUGAUCGAGAUCGCGAGGAAUCCACUACUUCAUCACUUUG